AUGAAAUCCAAAUUCUCAUCCACUCAACUAACAAAAUACCUGACCCAUCUGGCCCUCCCACCGAAAUACGAACCCUACAUCACCGACCCAACAAGCUUCCCCAAAACAGAAGAAGCAUUGACAACACUAUUUCGCUGCCAAAUCACCCGCUUCCCCUAUGAUAAUCUGACACUCCAUUAUACCGAAACCCCUGUAAUUGACAUCGCCCCUCUCAGCAUCUACGACAAAUUCAUGGGAGCGGGCGAAACACCACCAUCAGGACGAGGGGGCUAUUGUCUCGAAUGCAGUAUCUUCUUCCAUCAUGUACUUCUCGGCCUCGGAUUCUCAGUUUAUAUGACUGGUGUACGGAACCGGGAACGCAUUGAUGGGAUCCCGCAAGGUGAAUAUCAAGGAUGGACACAUGUUGUAAAUAUUCUCGAACUGCCUUGCGGAACUCAAUAUCAUAUCGAUGCAGCAUUCGGUGGAGAUGGACCUACACGGCCUAUACCAAUGAUCUCAGGCUCCACGAUCAAAAACCUAGGAACACAAGAGUUGCGUCUGGUGCACGGUAAUAUUAGCAAGCAGUCACGACCAGCACAGAAACUGUGGAUAUUUCAGUAUCGCAACGGAGUAGACAAGGAGUGGAACUCGUUCUACACUUUUGGAGAAUUCGAGUUCUUCCAGGAGGACUUUGCGGUUAUCAACCGGUAUACGAGCUGGGACACGGUCAAGAAGAACAAUCAUUGGAUUGUGAAGUUUAUUCGUCAUGGGGAGGUUGCAGAUUUACCCGUGCUUGAAGGUGAGGGAAUUGACGAUGGAGCCGAAGAGGUUGGAGUUGUUGGUAAGAUCAUGUAUGUGAAUGGGCUUGUCAAGUUGAAUAUGGGUGGGAAGACAAGGAUUAUUGACUCCUUUGAGACGGCGGAGGAAAAGCUCGAAGGGUUGAGGAAGUGGUUUGGUUUUUCUUUUGAAUCUCGAUAG